UGAAUACUUCAGACUUCUACUCAAACCAGUCACGUAGUUUUGAUUUUGUGUGAUUCAUUCUUCCACUGUGUUUUCUUUCUUUCUUCCUUCGUCUUUCUUUUGAAGUUACCUUUUGAGUUAAAAACUGCAAGAGCAUGAUGCCUCUUGAUACCAGGCAAUGGAAUUUGCCUCCUCAAGCUUGCUUUGAGGAUACGGCAGCUCGGUUCCAUCCUGGAGUUGCUCUCCCUCAUGCAGCUGAGCUUCAUGAUGCUCGCUACUUGCAGCCACAACCACCACCAUUCAAGUCUUUACUGUGGAGUCAUGAUAAGGAGGAGUCUUGUGGGAAACGUUUCUCUCUGUCUGACAUGAGGUCCUGGUGCGCUGCUGCUACUACUCCGCGUUGAGGAGCAUUAGACUCUGCUCAGGAAGGACUCAUGAUAUUAGAUCAGUCAGGAAACCAAACUCGUCUAUUACAAUGUCCAUUUCCCCUGACUGCAGAACCAGUUAAACUCUCUGAGUUACAACACCGUGUGGAAGAGUCUGAAAUGCAUGAAGACACUGAGGAGAUCAAUGCGUUGCUGUAUUCAGAUGAAGAUUACGAGAGUGAUGAUGAAGAUGAAGUAAUGAGCACUGGUCACUCUCCUUACUCAGUUGAACAAGUUUGCAACAAGAGGCAGCUCGAAGAGAUAGAUGGUCCUUGUAAAAGGCAGAGGCUACUGGAUAAGGUUGAAAACAUCAGUGGCUUAUCAUCAUCACUUGUGGUGGGCACUUCGACCAAAGAAGACACUGGUUCUGGUCUGAGCAACGAGCAGGCGAGAAAGGACAAGAUCCUCACAGCUCUGAAAAUACUAGAGAGCAUAGUUCCCGGUGCAAAAGGGAACCAAGCUCUCUUGCUUCUGGACGAAGCCAUUGAUUACCUAAAGCUACUGAAACAAGACUUAAUCUCCACCAGUCACUAGUCACCAUCAAAAGAGACAACUAAGAUAUCUAACAGACAGAUAAGGCUUGAAGAUUCCCUCACGUGUGAAGUGGUUUAGGGUCCCUAUCCUCUGCACCAGCUUUUUUAGCUGUAUAAGGUGGUCUACUUUUGAGUAUACACAUGCUUCUGCAAUUUCAAAAAGUUUAAAAGAGGUCACUAUCUUCUUCUUUUCUCUCUGUGCUGUGUGUGGAGGAAAGCCAAAGUCCUGAUGGUCAUAUUCAGCGAUGGACAAUGAUUGUCUUUUGUGGCUUAGUGUGGAUGGUGAAAUCAAAAAGGCAAUAUAUUCAAAGUCUUGUUCUCAUACCUAAGGUAUCUCUCUGACCUUUACUCUCUUUUGUGCAUAUGAUGACUGAGUGGAUGGGUCCACCGAUGUCAUGUUCGUUCCUUUGUCUUCUUACUUUCCCUACUUUGCUACUACUAUGUUUUGAUGUUGUAUCUUUGAGUGUAUGUUCAUUGCUCAUUCUCUUAUGUAUUGUUAAGAUGAUUGGAUUUGUGGUUUGGGGGUUUUGUAUGUACAAAUGAUAUAAAUUGGUUUUUUUGUUUAAUAUAC